CAUGCAUUAUCAGUACAACUGAACCUAGGAUUGAACUAAAAAAUAAAUAGCUGAAUUCCAGUUGAGUCGUGUCAGACUCUUCCUCUGUUUGGUUUGGUAAAAAAAAAAACCAGAAAAGAAAAAAAACAAUGGCUUUCUCUUACUGGUUAUCACGUGCAUUAACAGUACAACUGAACCUAGGAUUGAACUAAAAUAUAAAUAGCUAAAUUCCAGUUGAGUCGUGUCAGAAUCUUCCUCUGUUUGGUUUGGUAAAAAAAAAAACCAGAAAAGAAAAAAAACAAUGGCUUUCUCUUACUGGUUAUCUCGUCUACGUUCCUCAUCAAAGAGCUUCUUCUACUCCAAUCUUCAAACCUCACAUUUCCACAAUCUCAAAACUCCAAAACCACACACCACCACUCCUAUCUUUCACUCCCAUACCUCAAAAAACCCAUUGCUAGCUUUGCUUCCUGCGGCCCUUGCUGUCUCACUCUCAGCUGGAUCACUUGCCCUUCAAUCCCAAUCUAACCCUUCAUUCUGUGACGCUUCUAAUCUCGAUUCUGCCAGAGGUGUCAGCAUUGGGGGCAAAGGUAGCACUGAGUUUGUGGUGAAGGGUUCUCACAAGGAACUUCCUCAAGAGCUUAUUGAUGAAUUGAAGGCUAUCUGUCAAGAUAACAUGACUAUGGAUUAUGAUGAGAGGUAUAUCCAUGGAAAACCACAAAACAGCUUUCACAAAGCAGUCAAUAUUCCUGAUGUCGUUGUUUUUCCUAGGUCGGAGGAUGAAGUUUCCAAGAUAGUUAAAUCAUGUGAUGCGCAUAAGCAGGUCCCAAUUGUACCAUAUGGUGGAGCUACAUCAAUUGAGGGUCACACCUUGUCUCCAAAUGGAGGCGUUUGCAUUGACAUGUCGAUGAUGAAUAGUAUUAAAGUGUUACAUGUUGAGGACAUGGAUGUGGUUGUUGAACCUGGAAUUGGGUGGAUGGAGCUGAAUGAAUACCUGGAGCCUUAUGGUCUAUUCUUUCCCCUUGAUCCAGGGCCUGGUGCAACCAUUGGGGGUAUGUGUGCAACACGGUGCUCUGGUUCAUUAGCUGUGAGGUAUGGAACCAUGCGUGAUAAUGUCAUCAGUCUCAAGGUAGUUCUUGCCAAUGGAGAUAUUGUCAAGACGGCAUCUCGUGCUCGAAAGAGUGCUGCAGGGUAUGAUCUGACCCGCUUGGUGAUUGGAAGUGAAGGAACUCUGGGUGUAAUAACAGAAGUCACUCUUCAGCUUCAGAAAAUUCCACAGCAUUCAGUGGUUGCAAUGUGUAAUUUCCCUUCAAUUAAGGAUGCAGCAGAUGUUGCUAUAGCCACGAUGAUGUCUGGUAUACAGAUGUCAAGGGUGGAGCUAAUGGAUGAGGUUCAAGUGAAGGCUAUCAAUAUUGCAAAUGGAAAAGAUUUGCCUGAAAUUCCAACUUUAAUGUUUGAAUUUAUAGGCACAGAGGCUUAUGCACGUGAGCAAACACAAAUUGUUCAGAAGAUUGCUGCAGAGCACAAUGGCUCAGAUUUUGUUUUUGCCGAAGAUCCUGAAGCUAAAAAGGAGCUUUGGAAGAUAAGGAAGGAGGCACUAUGGGCUUGCUUUGCAAUGGAACCUAAUUUUGAGGCAAUGAUUUCGGAUGUAUGUGUUCCUCUCUCACACCUUGCAGAAUUGAUAUCAAUGUCCAAACAAGAGCUCGAUGCAUCACCACUGGUCUGCACGGUUAUUGCUCAUGCUGGUGAUGGAAAUUUCCACACAGUGAUUCUGUUUGACCCUAACAUUGAAGAACACCGGCGGGAAGCAGAGAGACUUAACAAAUUUAUGGUCCUUACUGCAUUGUCAAUGGAAGGAACAUGUACUGGUGAACAUGGUGUUGGCACAGGGAAAGUGAAGUAUCUUGAGAAAGAACUUGGAGUGGAGGCUUUGAGGACAAUGAAAAGAAUAAAAGAUGCUUUAGAUCCCAACAGUAUUAUGAAUCCAGGGAAGCUUAUUCCUCCUCACAUUUGUUUCUAAAGAGCUCCCCACCCUUCUUUGCUCGCACUUAUAUGCAUGUGCACACCUACCUUGUCACAUGGGUGCACAUCCUAUCUAUACAUUUCAAAUGUUGUACCUAUAGGGCUAUAAAAUCUUCACUGUAUAUUAUGGGCAAUAAUGGAUCAUGAACUUGGUCAAUGGCUAUUGCAUCAGGCCUUUCAUAGUGUA